CGCGUGCCCGUCCCGCCGUCGUUCGCGUGAUUGUGUGGUGAGUAGUUCAUCUCCUCUCAACCGGCCGCUGGGCUUUCUCCCGCAAUUACGGUUGUAUUUUCCUGUGACCAACUGGGGCUCGUUAGAUAAUUCCGAUUUUUCAGUAGGACAGUCCGCUUACCUAACUCUGGGGCAGAUGAUAGGGGAAACAACUAUUUAUCGCUUUUCAUUGAAAUCAUUUUCCUGAUCAGUUGGCUGUGGAAAAAAACGCUGUCCGCCUGAUUGGACGUUGCCUUUCAUCUGUCAUCGUUUCGUCUCGGACCGCUUCCUCUUUGGCACUUGUGUGCAACGGUAGCUGUGAAAUUCGAUUCGAAUCGAUUUGUUUCUAAGCAAUUGCAUCAUUGGUGAACUGUGCAUUCCUUCGAGUCAUUUUUCUGUUCAAUUUUCUCUCUCAUUAUCGUUCAUCGCCGGGCUGCAGCGACCCAAAAAGAAACCUCCCACGUGCUUGCAGACGUUUAAUUGAUAAUAAAGCCAACAAAGAGACCUAUUGCGCCAAUGAAAGCACCGCGAUCUCACGUUGCACACCGUACGACGAUGGUGACGUGACGAGACGAGAUCGAGAGAUGAAGAAGCGCCAUUAUGUAAAUUUUGACAUGAAAGCAUCGCCACUUUGUGGGAUUCCCACAUUCGGCGAGACAGGCUACCUGGCGUGUUCUCACCGUUUUGCAACCUCUCGGGAAGCGAACAUGUAUCGCAUCGGAGUCACGCAGAGCUUUCGCUUUCAAAGCCUACUCACGUCAUCGGGGUUUCAAAGAAGAAUGCCGCCUACCAUGUGGUUUUGAGGUUAGAAUCUAUAUAGGAAAUCAUUUGUUUAUCAAUUACAAUAUGUAGCAUGAAGCUAUGGUUAUUAUAUUAUCCGGCGAUUUGACGCUGGUCUGUGUGUUAGCACGAAGAAACACCACUUUAGCAUGCAAACUUAAAGAUCAAUCAAGCGGAACAGUCUGCGCGUUGGAUCCAUCGGUCAUUCAGCCAUUUGACCUGACCGACUUAAUUAUCAUGUGUGAAUAAAACCCCUGACCGGUGGUAGAUCCGCAGUUUGUAGUGAUUCGGAUGUUCUAGCGCCAACAUCAAGUUUGAGUUCUAAUCAAUUAUCGAAGCAGCGAACAAGCAAACCAUAUUGGUCGUAUUGCGACGGACAAAAGAUGGGCGGUAUCGUAUCGCGGAUGUUCCGUGGUCAUUCGGACGACUGUUGCUUGAAGUGUCAGCGUUCCUGUUGCGUUUGUCUGGAUGCAAAUCUGGAAUAUACCCAGCGGCGGCUGUGGCGCCUGGAGGAACGUGAUCGGCGCCGAAGUUGGGGACGACCGCUCUAUCUAACUGAGGACGAUGAUGAUCUGGAAGACAUUCCACUGCAGCCGCGUAGACAGGCAACAAUUCGUAGAAAUCGUACCCAGCAACAGCCACAGCAGACACAAAAUGAACCAGAAGAAGAAGAGGAGCAGCCGCAGCAGCAACCAAGAAGACAGCAGACUACGAGACGCCAGAGUCAACAACAGCAACAACAGCAGGAGGAAGAACCGGAAGAAGAACAACAACAGCAGCAACAACAGCGCAGGCGACCGGCUCAGCAGCGAAGACAGCGCCAACAGCAACAAGAGGAACCCGAAGAGCAGGAAGAGGAACAGCAAACUCAGCCACGCCGACAGCAGCGCACACAGCGUCGGCAGCAACAACAACAACAGGUGGAACAGGAAGAACCCGAGGAGGAAGAAGAGGAACAGCAAACUCAACCACGUCGGCAGCAGCGUACUCAGCGUCGACGACAACAACAACAGCAGCAGCAACAGGAAGAACCCGAAGAGGAGGAAGAGGAACAGCAAACUCAGCCACGCCGGCGAACUCGUCGUCGACAACAACAGCAGAAUCAACAGCAGGACGAAGAUCAGGAUGAAGAAGAACAACAACCCCCACGACGCCAACAGACUCAGCGAAGGACUCGGCGUCGUCAACAGCAGCAAAAUGAGGAGGAAGAGCCAGAAGAGGAAGAAGAACAACCUGCACGUAGACGAAACCGUCAACAAUCUCGACGGCAACGUAGGCAACGACAGGAAGAUGAAGAAGAUGAGGAUCAGGAGGACGAGGAAGAACAGCCAAGUCGACGUCCCCGACGCCGUCAAUCGCAGCGUCGCAGUCAACGUCGAAAUCGUGAUGAAUCAGAUGAAGAUGAUGAUGAUUUUGAUGAUGACACAGAAGAAGAGAGCGAACCACGUCGAACGCGUCGACGGGGAUCCCAACGCCGACGACGUCGUAAUCGUCGUAGCGACGAUUCAGAUGAUGAUGUAUCCGGCGAGGAAGAUCGUCUCGAAAGACGCCGUGCCCGCCGUCGGGAGAAACAUAUCAAACAUAAGCACGAAAAGGAACGAUGCCUUCAACCAGAUCUAUGCCGUCAUGGAUCUCUUCGCCGCCCCGCUGCUCCUGUUCUACCCCAGCCCCGCGAACAGGAACCUCCGGUGGCUCAUGGUCCGAAUGUCCGCCGUAUGGUCGCUUGCUACGAACUGAUGCGUUCGGAUAUCAGUGAAAGCGAUUCCCAGUCCCUGCAAAAUCUGCUCUGCAACGUCGAUGACCACCCGAUGCGGGAUUCUGCACGCCGCAAAGAACGUUGCUGUAAAAUUUUAAUAAUAUCAUUAAAUCACAACAAAUAGCUGUCAAAAUCAUUAAUAAU